AUGCCGAGCGCAAAGAAGCAACGAUCUAAGAAGAAGAAGGCGGCGGCGCCUGCAGCUCCCAAGCGCUCGCCGGCCGUAGCUGCCGCUGCAUCCAGGAUCGAGGCCGCCAACGCCACUCUUGAUCUCUCGGCCGGGCUCGAAGCCUUCCUGUCCAUUGACCUCCCCGCCGCCGCUGCCGUGUCUGGCGCUGCUGCGCCGACGCCUGUUCCCGCCGAACCUGUCCGCCUCGAGAUACGGUCGCCGAAGACCCUGCUGGACGGAGACACACAAGUCAUGUACGACCUCCUCAAGAGCAACAUGCACGACAUGUACAUGGCGGCCGGUUGGGGCUGGAACAAGGCAGAGAAGUGGCGAGAGAUGGAGCAUCGGGACUCUCGAUUUUUGAUCGCUCGUUGCGGCACUGAAGACGACAGUGGUCCAGAGGCGGCAGCGGUGGGGGUGGCGAGGUUGAGAGUAGCAGAAGAGGGAGUUUCCGAGAGCAGCGCGGUGAAUGGUGCGGGGGGGGCAACUGACAGUGAGGAGGCAGCAAGGGCACGCUCACGGGGGGGAGAGGAGAGAAAGCCGGGGGGCGCAGGAGAACGAAUCGCCGGCUACUGCGAUUUUCGUUUCGCGUGGGAUCAGGACGAAAAUGAGGACGGGGAGGGAGUCGGAGGAAUGGAGGACGUGCUGUACGUUUACGAGUUGCAGGUGGCGCCUUGGGCGACGCGGAGGGGCCUGGGGCGGCGAAUGAUGCAGGCCAUUGAGCUUCUAGCAAAUCGCCACGGCAUGACGAAGGUGAUGCUGACGGUUUUCAAGGAGAACAGACAGGCGAUGUCGUUCUACACCAAGAAAAUGAAAUACGGCGUGGACAAGGACUCUCCUUCCAACUGGGACCAGCCCGACGAGGUGUACGAGAUUCUCAGCAAGCCUACGAGACAGGGGGCGGCGAGAACGAAGGAAGCGCUUAGAAUGGCGACGCUCCUGGACUAACGACAAAGGAUCUCAGUUGAUGUGAGAAGAGGGAAUCAGUCAUCCUCGACAGAGAGACUUUUUGGGCGAUUGUGCCCCUAUCUGAAGGUGAUCUCCGCACUGAAGGAGAGAAGUUCCUACGGACAGCGCGAGCAGUAGUGCGUGGACGCAGUGGGGGUUGUUGUGGCGUUCCCGUAUUUUGGUGAAAGUUUCGCGUUUUGUGUUGUUGCGCCUGUUAUCGCGGUGCCCCCAAGCCUGCUCUCGGCAGAGCCUCGAAGCAGAAGGAAGGCACGCAACACAGGCCUCGCGAUUGUCUUACCACACUAGGGAAAUCCUUGCGAAUUGUGAUGACAUCGUAAGAAUUUUCAGCUUUCAUCGGGUUAAAACCAGUAAUGCACAAGGAUUAUGUAUCUUUGCAAGGGAGUAUUCAAUCCUCCACAUGAUGCUCUUUCUGAAAUUUGAUUUAGGGAAAACGGAUUUUGGUACGGAAAAUGAAUGGUAGGAGGUGUCCGCCAAGACUCAAGAAGGCGACCCGUCCAGACUAACACGCCAUUUCGCGUGGAGGCUGCGGGGGUGUAAAAUUCGAGAAUAAUGCAGCUUGGACACGUUUCACGGGUGGCCCUGUCCUGGUCCGGUCUUCACUUUCCGUUCCCUUCUUGUGCCGGCGAAAUUUCAUUUGUGUUGGGUGGGUCGGGUGCUUCUACACUUCGUUUUCCAACCGCGAAGACCCUCUGGUACUGUUAACGGCACGACGGUUGAAGCAGACAUGGCUGGGGCUGCUGUUUGUGCAAACGAUUGAGAUUCGACGAUUGGGACUGGUCCAGGCUUGUUGUAUGCGGACAACGGGGACAUAGCCCCGCAGGCGUGGACCAGAACAGAAUUGCUGUACGCACGAAUCGAGGCGUUUUGUGAGGGUGAGAAGGAGCUCCCUUGUGGGUGUGGCCGCACCAUCGCAUGGAAACACUGCUGCACGGGGAGAUGACUGUCAACGUCAUCAACGUGAUGCCCGUUGCAAUGCAGGAGAUCUCGAAAAAUGAGCUUCCAUGGGAGACGAUGAGUGUGAGGUAUCCAAGAAUUAAUGCAGAUUUGGCUUGGUUGCAUUCUGUUCCACGUGAAAAAAGUCACAUAGUGCCGCGCGUGAUUGUUGGCCAGACUCCCCGUGACACGCAUGUCAAGCGUUUGUCUUCUUUGCAAUGAAAUACGCUUGUCAAUUUCGCACUCAAGGUACAUGUGUCUAAUGCACACGCAAAGCACGGUUUACGUUUUCUCUGUCCCUCACAUCACUGGUUCCCAUCCCCCCAAGCGGCCCUACUUUUUAUACCCGGUCAGUUAUGAUGCUUAUACCUUUGUGAAGGGAAAGACAACCUGCACCAAGCGUUCGGUAGAUCGGUACAGCACAUGCGCCUCAUGACAGAUGCGUUGGGCCCUAUGGUACGAAAAGGUUUGCACGUGCACGUAUAUGUAUGCGAACUGCACGUUCGAACAACGUCCUCGAUUGACCCCGCUCUUGCGAUUGACUGACGACUACUGUUGCUGCAGCAGCUUUUGACCCUGCGCGCGAGUGGCGAGCAAUACAGGAAACAAGGCUCGUUUCCGGUCGUCCGUGCUGCUCCUUCUCACUCAUCUGAAACCCUUUGCUGUUUGCCAGCGGGCUCACAAAAGGAAGGGCGGUCACAGCAAAUAGACCCACCUCCUUUCCACAAUCUUCAUAUAACCCCCCCUAAACCGCGGGACCCUCGUCCUGAACACCUCUUCCCUCACCUAUGUACCCGAUGAACCUGGUCUCAACACCCGGGUC